CAGCAGUAUGGGAAUGAUCAGCGUGCAGAGGAAGACUUGCGCCUUCUCCACUUUACGCAGCCAAAUGCACCACUUUCCGAGCUCUUCCAUCACCUCGUGCUCGGAGUUUCCCGUUAAUGGGGCGACACUGAACUCUUCUAAUUGCUGAGCAGCUUUUCAGAAAGACGUUUUGUGAGCAGCGCUGAUGUGAAAAACAAGGAGACAUGUCGGCUGCUCAAGGACUUCUCAACAGCGUCUUCUCCUGUUCAUCUCCUGCCUCCAAGGCCAUCACCAAACGGAGGCUACGCCAAACCCGCAGCCUGGACCCUGCUAUCAUCAGACAUUGCGGCACCGGGACCGAAGGAGUGAGUGGGUUUUCUGGAGAUGCAGGUGCGUCUCCGGAGCGCUUGGCUGUGAAGCCGGCUUUACGCACGAAGAUUCCGACCCUAAAGGAACCCAUCACUCCCUCCAUCUCCUCUCCUUCCAUCCCUCUGGAUGUUUCGCCAUCCUCCAACUUCCACUUUGACUAUGACAUAGUGAAGCGUGUCAAAAGGAAUACCGCCGGGGAUUUACCGUUUAUGGUGAGGGGAGCCGGCGCAGCGCCGUCCGGGAGCACCGGCACGCUCUUCUCUCCGCGGAGGUGGCUCCAGCGGAAAGUGCAGCCGUCCAGCUCUCACGCUUACGCCGUGUGGAAAUCAGAGGGUGAUUUCACCUGGAGCAGCCUGUCGGGGCGGAGCGUCCGUCUCAUGCCAGUUGCCAUCCAGAGCCUGUCAGAGCUGGAGAGGGCCAGGCUACAGGAAGUAGCCUUCACCCGUUUGCACCAAGACUACGACCUGGGAUGUCAGAUAACAAUGCCAAAAGAUGGACAGAAGAGGAAAAAGUCGCUGAGGAGGAAGUUGGACUCUCUAGCAAAAGAGAAGAGUAAAGACAAAGAAUGCGUACCCCAGGCCUUCAGCAUACCCCUCUCCCAGGUCAUCGCUAAUGACAGAACACACAGGCAGCGUCAGGAUGGUUAUCGUCAGGACCCUCCACAGCGGGAGGAGCACAAAGACCCCUCUGAUCUCGUCUCGUCCAUUUUGCAGUUUGCCACCAAGCGGCCGUCCAACAAGGAGUUAUCCAGCAGCAACUCCUCGCUCAGUUCCACAUCGGAAACAGCCAACGAGUCGACAUCACCGAACACCCCUGAAGCUGCACCGCGAGCCCGCAGGAGGGGAGGCAUGUCGGUGGACUCCAUCACGGACCUGGACGACAACCAGUCCCGUCUGCUCGAGGCGCUGCAACUCUCCCUGCCGGCUGAAACACCGAGCAAAAAGGAGAAGCACAGGGACAAAAGGCUGAGCCUCAAUCCCAUUUACCGUCAGGUGCCCCGGGUGGUCGACAGCUGCUGUCAGCACAUCGAGAAAUAUGGUUUGCAGACUGUGGGGAUCUUUAGAGUGGGCAGUUCCAAGAAAAGAGUCCGACAACUACGUGAGGAGUUUGAUCGAGGCAUCGACGUCCAGCUGGACGAGGAGCACAGCGUUCACGACGUGGCUGCUCUGCUGAAGGAGUUCCUCAGGGACAUGCCCGACCCUCUUCUCACCAAGGAGCUCUACACGGCCUUCAUUAACACCACAUUGUUGGACUCCGACGAGCAGCAAAGCGUCACUCAACUCCUGGUCUACCUGCUCCCAGCAUGCAACAGCGACACCUUUCAUCGCCUUUUGGAGUUCCUGUCCACCGUAGCUGACCAUGCCCAUGACCAGCAGGACAAAGACGGACAGGAGAUCACAGGUAACAAGAUGACGUCUCUAAACCUCGCCACCAUCUUCGGCCCCAACCUGCUCCACAAACAGAAGAGCUCCGACAAGGAAUUCAGUGUCCAGAGCUCGGCCAGAGCCGAGGAGAGCACUGCUGUCAUCGCCGUGCUGCAGAGGAUGAUCGCUAGCUACCAUGCACUCUUCAUGGUGCCUCCUGAUUUGCAAAAUGAGGUUUUGAUGAGCCUUUUGGAAACUGAUCCAGAUGUGGUGGACUACCUUCUGAGGAGAAAAGCCUCACAGAGUCCUGAUCUACUGCAAGCAGAGGAGACCUUCAACCUCAGCGAGCGACGAUCAUCUAGCGACUCAAACAAGGCAUCCAGUGGCGAAGUGUCUCCAUAUGACAACAACUCUCCGGUACUAAGUGAGAGGCGAGGAGACACAGGAAGCCCAGCUAGCGAACCGCUCUUCCAGGUCCCAGAACAGUACUCUGUGGUUGGGCAGGUGGCCGGAUGGAAUAGAGACCCUGGUGCCGACACCUGGGGCUCCAAAGAGGAGCAUGCUAACAUUUGGGGCACAUGGCACAGUACCCUGAAGCCAGCACUGAAGAGCCAAACAUAUACAGGUUCCCAUGGCAACAUGUCAGAAGGAAGCUCCCGCAGCUCACAGGAAGGUCUUGAUGGACUCCAUGGUGACGGCAGGCAGCAGACAACGGUACAACGGACUCAGACGGAGUGCAGACCCCAUCCGCCGGUCACCCGAGUGUGCACCAGCCCUCACGUGGAGUCAGGGCGGCCGCGCCUGCAGCUAAACAUCAACCCUUCCAUGACUGCACACUUCAACAGCAUGCAGGGCCUCCAGCGGGGGAACUCCAGACCUCAAAGUGGGGUGAACGCUGGCGAAGGCAGCCCUCCUCCGCCUUACAACGCCCACCAUCGACUGGCUAGCUCGCAGAGCUCGCCUCUGCUCGCGACGGCCCCGCAGCCCCUCCAGCACGGGAAGCCCAGUGCAACGCAGAGUAACUCCACGAUGGACGCCCAAAUGGUGCCACAGAGUCCAGAGUGGCAGGACUGGCAGAGGGACCGCUGGCAGAUCUGGCAACUGCUAUCGUCAGACAAUGCCGACACACUGCCAGAAACACUGGUGUGAUGUCUCAGCUCACCUAUCCAUCCGUGGAUCUCCCCCCAUCUUUCCAUGAACCUUCUGUGCUGUCCCCGCAUCUUUAAAAAUCGCCACGGCGUUCGUUGUUUACGUGUGCAGCUGCUGCCUCAUACAGACUUUUACAUCCAAGAGCCACUAGUAUUUCUUUGUUCUUUGUAUUUCUUUUUUGUACAGAUGUUUUAAAAUUUUUGCUUCUGUUCCUAUAUUGGCCCAUAUGUUUUCUUCAUAAUGGAGCAUUUUAAAAGAGAAAAAAUGCCCAGCAGAAAUACCUCAAAAAGUGAUCCUUUCAGAAUGUUUCUAGUCCGAGUUUAGUCUUCAUUUCUCAAUGGAGAAUGGUAGGAAAAAAACACUUUCAUGGCAUCUUUUUUUCACCAUACAGACACUAAGAUGUACGCGUUAGUAAUUGCUGCUAAAUGUGUUUUUGUAUGCAUACUAUUAAUGUAAUUCAGCCACGUCUUUCGAUGAAGAUCAAUUGUUGAAUUACUUUUCAAUGACGAUUACUUUUGACUGUAUAUAUCUGUGCAUACACAAAUUGUUGACAUACAUACAUAAACGAUAUAUGUAAAUUGAUAUGUAAAGUAUAUAAUUUGCCUAUAAGUAUCUACCUAAACCUAAGUCAACCCCUUAACUGGCAGUCUAGAUGUUGGUGUUUGUCAGACUGCUGCUUUUGUCUGUAAUAUUGAAUGUAAAAUGCUUCACUUCUGGCAAAAGCUUAAUUAUAAAGCAUUCGGCUGUAAGUUUGCUUCUACUUUAUGCGCUCUUGCCAUCUGCUGCAGUGCAGGAAUAUUGUGCCAAAUUUUUUUUGGUUUUGUUUUACUUUCAAAAUCUUUUUCACUCCAGGAUAUCUGUCGUAAAGUUGUGUAUAUUUCAUAGAGAACAUAAAACACAAGAGCUCGGACAUUGGUGGGUUUUUGUCGAUAAUUUCAGCACACUAGGUUCGAAAGACUGAAUUUCCAGUUGUUUUAAAAAACGAGAUGCUCAAGUAUAAAGAGCCCAUGUUAUGCUUUUUUGAUUUUUUUUUUCCAAUUCCCUUUACUGUGGCCAAAAUCGACACCAAAACGGAGCUAAUCUCAGAAAACACUGAUCCUUACCUGGCUGAAAUGCCUCAUUUAAAAUCCAGGGUUACUUAUCGAUGUCAUCAUGUAACAAGUUUGCAUAGCGACUAGUUUUGCAAACAAAAGAAACAUGAGCAGCUUUCUCGCAGCCCACCCAAAAUUUCUAAUUCGAGCUGACGUACAAUAUAUAACCCAAGUAAGCUUGCUUUUGUCGAACCAUCUGACCAAUCAGAGCAGGACGGGGCCUUAAAGAGACAGUAGCGUUUCAAACGAGGGCGAAAAGAGCUGCUGCAGCAACACAUGAGCAAAAAAGAUUAGUUUUUUGAACAUUAAUGAUCACAAACACUUUCCAGGAGACCAAAAACAUAAAAUUCGGAACUUGUCAAUUUACAUAAUAUGGGCUCUUUAAUUAAGAUGAAGCAUUAGUAGCCCACAGUGGUUAGUUUGUAUGCAUGCCAGAGUCAGUGUUAAGGCUGGAAAUGAGAUAUUUGGCAAAUAGUAUGUUCAAAUAAUUCUUAGUGAGAACAGUGUUGAAGUUUAUAUAGAAAAUCUGAUCUAUUUACUCACUUAAAACAUUCAAAAAGCCAAGAAUUAUUUGAAGGUGUUGAGAGAAAUUUCUACUAAAAGUAUCCAUGUUGCUAAUAUCACAACCGAAUCAAAAACUAUCAACGUCAGCUCUCACAUACAUUAGUAUGAAUGACUGAAUAUACCAGCUAAGUAUGAACCUGGGAGGCUUUAAUAAAUUUUCCCUAAAAGAUUCAUAGAAGUGUCACAAUCCAUUCGUGGUCCAACUGAGGUGAUAAAGAAAAAGAUAGUUUCCAUGUGUUUUUUUUCCCCCUCACUUCAAAGUCUCAGUGGCAUUGCUGAUACAGGUGGAAAUGUACGUUUUGAAUAUUUUAAUAAUCCCCACCCACGGCCAACCUGUCCACCUCCUUUCAAAUGUCACAGUUAAGUGGGUAUUUGCUGGCAAAUAUGUCACAUUUUCUUCAGCUAAGGUGUAAUAUUUGCUCGUGUAAAGAUACAAAACCGUUUCAGCAUUAAAUGUGGGGAAAAGAACGAAAUUUGACAACUUUUUUCUUUGAUUUACCACUUUGAGAAGUCAAUGGAAGACGAGGAGAGUUGUUUCAAAGGUUGUGGCGCCAUCUAGUGUCAGAUCAUGCACAAUGGAAUAUUUCUGCUUCCCACUGUUUCCAUGGAAAUCCAUCCAUCAUCCAUCAUCCAUCCAUCCAUCCAUCCAUCCAUGCUCCAUUUAGAGUAAAAGCUUGUGAUUUUAAGCACCUUUUUUGUGAAAAUGUGCAAAUCUAUGUGAGGAAACAGACGUGCCAUCGGUCUCACUCUUAAAAGUCGUUUCUCCGUGUGUUGUUCAAGUUCAUAUUUGGUGAUUUUUUAUGUAUUACUUUGUUUUCUGUCGAGUGUUGUAAUAUAUAAAUACUAUAUAACUUUUUUUUAUUCAAGAAGAUAAAAAUAAUAAUUAAAAAAAGACAGUAAUCCUCAUGGUCCGAGCUUUCCCCCCAAAUCAACAUGUUAAUGUUUGUCUUGUUGACUUCACUAUGAAACAAACUUAGUGCUAUGGUGUUUUGUUUUGUUUUCUUUCAUUUUGUUGUUUUAUUUUAUAUUUUGGUGGGGUUUACUGGGUCCAAGUUGUAAUGGAAUGUCUGGUAAUUGCUUUUGUACUGCGUGUCUUUAUCAAUAUGCUACAAUGGAAUUAAAUAUGAUAAAGUUUA